UAGCUGAGUAUUUGUUGAAUUUAAAUGAUUAUUUUUUCAUCAAACUAGAGACGAAUUAAUAUGAUUAUGGACGUUUAACAAAUGAAAUGAUCUAUUAUUCUAAUUAAUACCCGCAUGUCAUCUGCUUUUCUGCGAAAAGUGGGUGUUUUCAGAUGUUCUAAUGAGCUGCACUGCUGGCUGAUGAUGGAGAGUUUGACUUUCAUCCAUCAAAACAAUAAUUUGUCUUCACUUCACGUUUGAAGGUUCAUUUUCAACAGGGCUUAAAUGUUUACAUUGAUUUCAGCUGGAUUUAAGUAUUUAUAUCGUGAUAUGGGCCCGUGUCCCGUAUAUAGACACUAGACAAACACUUUAAUCAUAUCAGGCCAUCACUGAUAGAUGCUGUUUAUUUGGAUAUACCCAACUGUGAUGUAUUAAUUUAGCACAUAUACCGUUUGUUUUCGUUUACUAAUACGUUUUUGUUGCUAUACGGUUCAUUUAAGCUGUGAUCAGAACCAGAAUUGGGCUACGAGUCCAUGUUUGACAGUCACAGCUGAUCUAGACCUCUGGCACCAGAACAACCAACCCACUUUCUUAUAGACUCACAUUAGUAGUUAAGGGAUCUUUGAUACAUCAUGAAGAAGUUCUUUGACUCCCGGCGGGAGCUGGUGGGCUCUGGACCCGGUUCUGGAGGUGGAGCUGGAGGUUCUGGAUCCAGCAGCGGUGUUGGUGGGAAUUUUAUCGGACGGGCUUUCACUGUUGGAAGACACCAGGUCACUGUAGAAGAAACUCUGGCAGAAGGUGGCUUCGCAAUCGUCUUCCUGGUGCGGACCAAUCAGGGGGUGCGCUGUGCCCUAAAGAGGAUGUACGUUAACAACGAAUAUGACCUGCAGGUCUGCAAGCGUGAGAUCCAAAUCAUGCGGGAUCUCAAUGGUCAUAAGAACAUCGUUGGGUUCCUGUCACACUCCGUUGUUAAUAUUAGCCUAAUAGUUUUAUCAGUAUUUAUUAUUAUCGAAUUUUGCGCAGGUGGUCAAGUGGUGAACCUAAUGAACCAGCGUUUGCAGACGGGCUUCAGUGAACAGGAAGUGCUCCAGAUCUUCUGUGACACUUGUGAAGCUGUGGCACGUCUGCACCAGUACAAAACUCCCAUAAUCCACCGAGACCUCAAGGUGGAAAACAUCCUCCUUCAUGACCGAGGACACUAUGUUCUGUGUGAUUUUGGCAGCGCCACCAUGAAGUUCCAGAACCCCCAGAGUGAAGGAGUGACUGUGGUGGAGGACGAAAUUAAAAAGUACACAACACUGUCCUAUCGCGCUCCUGAAAUGGUGAAUCUGUACAACGGCAAAAUCAUCACCACUAAAGCAGAUAUCUGGGCAAUGGGCUGUCUGCUUUAUAAACUCAGUUUUUUCACAUUGCCCUUCGGCGAGAGUCAGGUGGCCAUCUGUGAUGGCAACUUCACUAUUCCAGACAAUUCUCGUUACUCACAGGACAUGCACCGUCUCAUCCGGUACAUGCUGGAACCGGACCCUGAUAAGAGGCCUGACAUUUAUCAGGUGUCCUACUUUGCUUUCAAACAGGCCAGACGGGACUGCCCUGUCCAAAACGUCAAGAAUUCUCCCAUUCCUGCUAAGCUUCCUGAGCCAAUCCGAGCGAGCGAAGCAGCCACAAAGAAGAGCCAAACACAGACCAAGGCGAGACUUACAGACCCCAUUCCCACCACUGAAACCUCCAUCACCCCACGCCAGCGGCCCAAAGCCGCACAAUCCCAGUCCCAGGCACUAGGGGGCAUCUUGCCCAUCCAGCCUGCUGCCCUGACCCCACGCAAGAGAGCCAACCUGCCCGCUGGGGCCGCCCAGCCGAUAGCUGUCAGCCUGAACUUGGCUCAGCCGGCUGCAGCAUUACAAUCUCAGAAAGCCCAGGCAUCUCCGGCCCCUCAGCAGCAAACGCCCGUGCAGCCCAUCCCCGUCACAGCUGCGACUGCAGUCUCAGGAGGGGGUGUUCCAGUUGCAGCUGGCAGCCCCGCCCCUCAAAAAGCAGUUGCCACUCCUCCUCCAUCCAGCCCCGCCCCGCCCACCGCACCUGCACGGAGCGUCCGUCGUAAGCAGGCAUCUGUGGCUCUGCAGCAGCCGGUGCCCGUCCAGCCCACUGUCACUCAGCCGCCUGGUGCUCUGCCUCCAGUACAGGCUGAGCCUGCAGCAGUGCCACCCACUGUCCAGCAGCCAGCGCCUCAAUCCCAAAUCAGCCCAGAGAAUGCAGAGGAGAGGCCUGCGGCCCCUGGCCUUUCCCAAACUCCUCCCUCGUCCCCAAGGACGGCCCAGAAGGCGGGGCACAGACGCAUUCAGAGUGAUGUCACUCACAGCGCUAUGUUCGGUGUUCCGGUCAGCCAAUCCACUCAGCAGCUGCAGGCGGCCACAGCAGAGGCCAGCCUUAACAAGUCAAAGUCAGCCAGCGCCACCCCAUCCAUCUCUCCCCAGUCCUCCCAGCAGAGUGUGUACCAGCCUGCACAGCAGGGCAGCACUUCUGUUCUUCAAGCUCCUGCCUCAGCCGCUAGCCUGAAAAGCCCCCCUGACCAGCCCACCUGGAAUCCCUUUGGUGAUGACAAUUUCUCCAAACUUACAGCUGAGGACCUGCUCAACAAAGACUUCACCAAGUUAGCUGACGAACCUGUUGAACCUCUGAUUGCCGCUACUGAGAGUCUUAUUCCUGGGCUGGAAGCUGCAGAACCUGCUCCUCCAUCCUCUGCUGAAAGACCUGUUGACAUUCUGGGCUUAGAACUGGGAGCUGGUUUGCUAGCUGUACCAGAGAAGCUGAUAGAGGGCCUGAAGUCUCCGGAUAUUUCUCUCAUGCUGCCUGAUCUGCUGUCCAUGGCUGACCCUUUCGGCAGCUCCAUUGAUGACACUAGAGAUGCCAAAACGGAAGUGUGUUUGGACUCUCUGAUUCCUGGCUUGGAGCCCCCUCAGGCUCAGCUGCACCCUGUGGAGGCUGAACCAGCAUCAUCCACACUGAAAGACCCUUUAAUUGGAGAGGACUCCUUGCUGGGCUGUUCUCUCCCCUCUGGCUCUGCCUCAUGCCUGGAUGACUUUGCGCCUGUCUCAGGCGGCUCCUCCCAGAAUAUACCAGCUGCAGACUGUCUGAUCUCAGGCUUUGAGCCUCCGAGUGCUGAGACGGCCAAUGAAGAUGAAUUUGACCCUAUACCAGUACUGAUCUCCAAAAACUCUCAAGGAGGUCACUCUCGCAGUAACAGUGGCAGCUCUGAGUCCAGCCUGCCCAACCUGGCCCGUUCCCUGCUGCUGGUGGACCAGCUCAUCGACCUCUAGACCGUGCAGCUAAUUCCUGCAGUGCUGAAGAUGAUGCCAACCGCUGUAGUCUUCUGCCUUUAACCACGAAUCCCUCCUGCUUUCCUUUGUCCUAUCCUCCACCCACACCCUCUUUCAUCGUCCAUUUCCCUCUUUAAUCGGUUUUUCAUCAUUCCGUUGCUUCAGUUUCUUCCUGUUCAUCACAUCUUGUUUUAUUUCUUUCCCUGCCGCUGUUGUCCAUCAGUUGUCGUCGUCAUCACCAUCAUCGCUCAUUUGAUUUGACAUACUCAGCUUUCCUCCCCUGCACCAUGACGUUUAUCUCCCUGAUGAGUGUGUUCACCUUUUUUCUUACAAGUCUGGUGCGACCUUUUUCUACAGGCUCAAAAUCCAGUUUUCUCUGGCAUCCAUAUCUGUGCUUCCUUUGGACACGCAUAUAUGACCGUCACACAUUUCAUCUGCCUCGCAGUCAAGAGUGCAAAAUCGUUCUUCUCUUUGGUCUUUAGCUGUGUCUUCAGUGGCACUCAGGAAGCUUGUCUCGAGAUUAAACACACAUGGGUUUAGACUCAUGCAGUUGGCUCCUUCCAGACCAAAAUUUAAGUACAAAGUGAACCAAAUGUUUACAGACCGAAGUAUUUUCGCUGGAUGUUUACAGACCGGCAGGUAGGCAAGCACCGCUUGUGAGAAUUUAUCUUCGCCCAGACUGAACGCAGGGUACGAACGGAUCCUAAUACUUCAUGUAGAGUGAUUUUAAAACUUUAAAACCGACUAGAAGCUCCUCAUUUCCAUCAGUGGUACUUGUUUGCCAUCUCACGACCUCCAUACCAUAAUUUCUCUGUUAUUUCUUUGUAAAUAGCUCUAUUGAUGUUGUACGUUGGCUCGAAGCAAUGUAAAUUGUUGUAUAUCUGCAGUAUCUGACUCUCCCGCCCUCAAAAGUGAUCCGUUCCUCCUGUGUAUAAAGCAUCUGGUCCAAAUGUCCAGCAAUUCCUUCAGAGAUCCCCGUCUUACCGCAUAGUAUACAUCAUUAUGAGAUAAUUUAAAAGAAAUAUUUCAUAUACGGUUAAGAUUAUAUGUGAAUAUGAAUAGAGUGGUAGAGAAUGAAUGUAUGAAUCGAGUAUCCAUAUAUAAAUGCAGAUAUGUGUAUAUGAAACCUAUUUAAGAGGAAACUUUAUCUCUUUGUUCUGUGUGUUGAGACGUGUUUGCGAAUGUAAAUUGUCGGUUUCAUCUUCUAACGGCCAAAUCGUCAUUGCUGAACAAAGUCAGUUAAGAAAAGAGGACAAUCUUGAAGCAUCCUGACAUAACGGCAUUCGUGUGCAAAUCGACUGGAUUUGUUUUCAGUUUUCGUUGCCUUUUAUUCUCCGAUGUAUAUCGUCGACAAAAACAGGUUGUAGUCUUGAGGGAAAUGCUCUACGGUCCUCAACGAUGUACGUAUACAAUUCAUCCUCGAAUCUACUGCCCGAUGCCAUGCUUUCUUGCACAGUUCUCGUGAAUCAGACGCUUAUCGAAGCAUGGCAGUGUUUAUGAAUAUGAAGUUAAGACAUGUCUGUGGCCAUUCUUCAUAUCAGUACUGUACGUAUGUGUUUGCGUGUAUGUGUGGAUGUGAGGUAAAUAAAUAGCUAGUCUUAGGUGUUGAAAGUGGUGAGGUCGUUCUGUCUUUGACAUGGUUUAUCUGCUUCGCUCGGACAGCUGGACCCGCAGCAGGCACCUCUGUUUCAAGCACAGGUUCUCUUUUCAUUCACUGAGCGUCAUUAGACUGCUCAAAUUAAGAGCAUGGAAAAUGCUCGCUUUAAUGCUGUACGUUAUUAGCAGAAUCCCAAUCAGUGUCUGACAUGCUAUAAAACUGAAAGUUCUGUAAUCAGGUCGUGAAUAAAAACCCAUCAGCUUUUUGACAUUGCUGAAUCUGUAAAUGGCAUUGAAAUGAGUUGUCAUCUCACAAGGGCAACAGCAGUAGGGCUGGGCGGCCCCGUAGAUAUUUCCCAUACUUCUUACAUCACUUUAGAUGUGUUUGCACAGUUAUGAAAUAUUAACUUUUCCCAUGCUGUCAAAUUUGACUUGCAUGAUCAAAAAAGUUCCUGUUUUCUGUGUGUGUGUUUUAAAAAAAAAAUGUUAUAUAUAUAUAAAU